AUGAAGGCGUUAGUUACAUCAGGUUUGCUACUGCUCGCUCUCCUUGUGUGGCCAUGUUCCGGGCAACAGCCAGUGUUGGUGGAAUGCACAUAUCUUAAUCUCCGUGUCAUAGCUAAAAGAGCACUGUUUUAUCCAGAUGAACUAGUAGGCCCUGAUGAAUUGUUCCUAGGAACAGGCUGCCAGGCUAUUUACGUACGCUCAGAUGAACUUGAGUUUGAUUAUCCUAUUGGUCUCUGUGGAACUACAAUACAGGCUUUCUGUGAUGGAACUGCCCUUCAUACCUGGCUCACCUACAUACCACGAAAUGGAUCCACUUCUGCUGAGCUGCCUCUGCAGUGUGUGGUGCCCAGCUUCUCUGUUGCUCAUGAAUACAUUGUUGCUAUGAUGUGGCUAUCUAUGUCUUCCAAAAUUCACUUGUUGAAACCUAAUACCAAUGUAAAAGGCUUGGUGGACUGGGGAAAUGAUUUGGUGCAUAAAGCACCUGCCAUAGAAAAAUGUGAAGACCUGAGUUUAAAUCCCCAGAGUGCAUAUAAAGUCACAUGUGGCAGUGAGAGUUCAUAA